AUGAGGGAAACAAAAAAAACUCAAGUUCCUUCUCCUAUGCCAGAGAAGUUUUAUAGGCUAAUAGACGGUUUUCGUCUGUCUAAACAGGGGCACCCAACGAGAAUAUAGUUCAAAACCACUUAAACAUAGAAUUGUUAAACGUAUUUUAGUAUUUAAACGGUAGGUAUGGCAUAUUUUUAUCCCCUAAAAAUUUUUCAUCUGUUCGGAUUUCCUAGCUGAAAGUCAAGUGAUCCGAAAAUUAUAAGGAUCAAAACUUACCUUUUCGAAAAUUUUAGCCAGAAAAAAGGCUCCCGAAAAUUCUAGCUGACCUUUUUAGGGUAAAAAUCCGUUAAAAAUAGGCAAUUAUACCAUUCUUUAGAUGUCCGAAAAUCCUAGGAGAGGCAGGCAAGCAAGAAAUUUUACAACAAAUGUUCCGAAAAUUCUAGAUCUCAAAUCGUCUUCCCAACAGAUAUUUUUCCGAAAAUUGUCGUUGGGUGCCCCUGUCUAAAGCGCUAUUUGCAGCAUGUGAACUGGAAGUCUUCGACAAACUGCGAUCCGCAUCCUCACCACAAUCGGCCGACGAUAUAACAACGGCAUUGUCCUCCGAUCUAGACGCCACUACACGUCUCAUGGACACCCUUGUGGCAAUGGAAUUGCUAGAAAAAUUCAAACAGGGUGACCAGUGGUUGUACAGUAAUUCUGAAAUGGCCACUAAAUUUCUCACCAAAGACAGUCCAGAUUCGUAUCUAGAUAUGAUCGCAUUGAUAAACAAAACGCUGUAUCCUAUCUUUGGAAAUUUAGAAAGCGCAGUUCUUGAAGGAACUACGCAGUGGAAGAAGACGUUUGGAAUGUCUGCAGAAGACUGGUUUCCCAAUGUUUGUAACACCGAAGAAGCCAAAUUACGGUUCAUGGGGGCCAUGCAUUGUAAUUCACUCUAUGCAAGUUAUGCUGCUGUUAAAGCCAUUGAUCUAAGCGCGUACAGAAGCUGCUGUGAUCUAGGGGGUAAGUCAAAAAACGGAAAGUUCGAAUACAUCACACGAUAUUUUUAAACCUUUGCCUGUCAGCGCUGUGAAAACAAUACUGGCUGAAGUUUAUUCCACCUCCUCUGAACGAGCAAUAUAAAGAAACCACGAUCAACAAGAAGACGCCCGAAGGCGUUUACGCGGGAUGUGUUGGUGUAAGAAAGAAUUACCAGUAUGUUGAAUGGCAAUGUAAAGUUGAGUAGUGUAUGCAACAAAUGUGUGAAAGGAGAGACGGAGAUGUUCUGUUAAGGACUAAUACACAAGAAGAUGAAUUACAUACAAGGGUUCCUUUGCUACUCAAAACAAAACUUACAUCAAUAUUACCACCAUAUAUGUUAGGAGUAUGGGGUAGUUCACUAAAAUUUGCAUUCCUUUACUAAUAUCCUCAAAAAAUGCACUCCACAUUCAACAAUAGCAUGUAAUGUAUCAUACUUUCAAUAACUACAGGGGUGCAAGGCUGUGCUCUAGGGAAAAUUUCAGGGAGCCUUUCGGGCUCCCCAAGCAUUCUUAGCUGGGAUGCCCGGGCCUCCAAGUUGGUCGCCCAAAUUAAUAAAUCAAUGAGCUGUUAGUUAAAUUAUUUUCUUAACAAGUCAAGCAGAAUUUUGUGAAUAUUUUUUUCAUGCAAAAUCACAUCCCUUUACUGGGCUCCUGAGCGUGCGAAAAAAACCCCGCAUGUUGUCAUAUGAAAGUAAGUUUUCGCGCCAUAUUAGAAACAUGGGCAACGCCGCCGAAUAUUUCAUGUUUUUUAAAUGGAAAAGUAAGAUUCUGGUCUGUUUAUGUCUAGUUGGAGUUAUGAAAACCGGGUUAGCACACAUUUGUAAUUUUUCGCAACUUCCCCUGUCUAAUAGCUUGACAUAUGUUUACUGUGUUGGUUGGUUAUGUCGUUUUUUUUUUUUUUGCUUGUUUUGUGGCUAGGGAUCCGUGUAGAAGUAGAUGUAGACUGAAUUACUAUCUUACCCCCCCUCCCGAUUUUUUUCCUUACCUACAAUUCUUUCUUUAACACAAGUGACAGUUAUUUGAAAUCAGCGCGCGCCUAAAGCUGGUUUCGGUGCCGCUUAGCAGUCACCUUGAGAAAAGUUUCCCGGAGAGCAUCAUGUAAAGCUCUGAGAUGGGACAAAGUUAUUACGAUUCGCAAGUCUGACUCCUGUUCAAAAUCCGUUAAGAAAUUGUGUAAAUCGCUCCUAUUUAGCAGAAAAAUGGCCACAACAGCCUUCAACAGAAAUAAGACAGAGAUGGAGAAACGCGUUAAUUACCGUUUUUAACAUUCCCGAUGGGGAAAACAAGGCUACCUUUUUGGAGGUUACGUGUCUGCCAAGAAUUUUUCGCUGGGUUUACACAAAAAUUCUAUCCAAGCAAGAUUUUCGGAAAAUUAGUUGUAAAUGUGGUAAACAGCAAACGAUCUAUGAAAUGAAAAUUUAAAAUUCCAUAUUUCUCUCUGCUCUAGGGGCUGUAGGAACUCUCGCCUAUGCUCUCUGUCAGUUCUACCCUGAAAUGAAGAUAACAGUUUGUGACUUGGAGCCAGCCGUGAGUUUAGCCCAUCACUUCCGACCAUCAGUGGAAGCAUGCCCAAAUCAAGCCAAUGUUUCAUUUGCGGUCGGCGAUUUCUUCAAACCUGAAACCAUACCGAAGGCUGAGCUGUAUGUGUUGUCUCACGUUCUCCACGACUGGUCAGAGGAUAAAGUUGACUUGAUUCUUUCAAAUGUUUACAAGUGCUUACCCUCAGGUAAUUUUAAUAGAAAGAAGGUUUUACCGUUCUUUAACGGAUCCAGCACGCACGUACGGAAGUACGUGCAUGAAAUUAAAUCCAAGCAGAAAAUACUAGGUGCCGCACGUAACUUACAGUUCGGAUCAAGAAAACAAGGUUUAUCAUGUCUCUCGUUUAAUUACAAACUGAGAGGGCAUCGAGGAUUACAGUUCAAACAGGAAAGCUGUAAAUGAUCGAUGUGAAUGAAAUCCUACACACGAGCGUCAAAAAUCGUGGCUUUGUGACCGCAAAACACUUAACACACCCAUAUUAAACUCCAAACUUACAAGAAACGCCGUAACAGCUUUACAAUGUUUUUUCCCUCAUGAAUUGUAACCAAAACGAACUUUAAUUCUGAAUUCACGGUCUUAAGUCUUUAAGCGAAAUGAGCCCGCGAACUGACUGAUGAAGAAGUGCUUUGGUAACAAAAGGUGUUUUAAUCUAGUAUGCAGACUACACGGUGACGGUUGACAGUGCAUAUAGAAAUGGCACAUAAGAUUAUUGUAUGACCAAUCAUCUAUCAUUUCAGACGAUUACUUCGACAAUGUUGGAGACGUUUUAACUCCCUCAGUAACUGGGGGACUAAAAACGACUGGGAGUAAUCGUCUGAGAUUUAGGCUACUCUGGUGCCAUCAAAGGCAAACAACGCGCCAUUUUUCAUACCUCAUUUAUUUUUCUAGGUGGGGGACUCCUCAUUUGCGAACGGAUUUUAAACGAAGACAAACGUGGCCCUACUCUCAUUUUCAGCCUUCUAAUGUUGGUGUCCACAGGUGGAAAAGAGAGAUCAGCUCCAGAAUUCAAGCAUCUCCUUGAAAAGCAUGGGUUUAUAGAUGUUCAAGCGAAACGUGUUUAUUUUACUCAAGAUGCCAUUUUCUGCAGAAAGAUGUAA